GUUUGAUGUUACACAUUUUAUAUGACUCAGACCUGGCUAACUAUCAAGUCUCAGAUGGCAGUUAUAUAUUAUUGGGUGUGUCUUCAUGAUUUAUUUAUUUAAAUAACAAAUCAUUUGUGGUGUCUGUGCAACAAUUGCUCAUAGUCUCUUCUUAUCUUUUCUCUUAAAUCUUCAGCAACCGUGUUUACAAAUGGCCCCGUGUAGAAAAAGAAGAAGAAUUGGUUGCAAGCGCUGUGGAUGCUGCUAAGACUGUUUGGGAAACAGUUCAACGCCCUGCAUCUUCAUAUGGUGUUGCUGCUGUUGGCACCGGUGCCAAUGUAUCUCUUGAACAAGAAACAGAAGAUGAUGACUGCCUUUCUACUACUAGUACUAUAGAAUAUCAUUACUCAGAAGAAGAAAAGUAUUACUCAGAAGGUGAAGAAGAUUCAAGGGAGAAUGCUUGUGAAGAUGAUCAUUACGACGAAGAAGAUUCAAGGGAGAAUGCUUGUGAAGAUGAUCAUUACGAUGAAGAAGAUCCAACCAAGAAUGUGGACAAUAACUUGGAAGUAUUAGAAAUGGAAGUGAACGACCAAGGAACUAUUUUCUCCGAUCCAUCAGAUGUUGAAGAAUUCUCCAUGGAAGAGAUCAAUGAAGCCGUACCAACACCUGAUGAGGAGUGGGACAGUAGCAGCGAUGUUGAAAAGCCAAGCAAGGAGGACUGGAUUGCUUCAUGGAAUAAGGGAGAUCCUCAAAAGCAUUUGACUUGGAUUAAUGUGUAUGCUUAUUAUAGAAAGAAGGGAAAGGGAAAAGGCUGCGGAGGAUAUGGAGUUAUUAUACGAUAUGCAGAUGCGAAGCCAGUCACUGCUACUGCCAAGUAUUCAAAAGUUGUAAUAUCUUUUUUUUCAUCAGUUGUUGAUGGGAAUAAAGGCUGGUGUCGAACUUGCUAAGGGACACAACCUUUCAGGUCGUUAUG